AUGAAAGGCAGCGCACAAUCACCAAAGCAAGUCUCAUUCAGCAUUACUUACGACUUGAGGUCGUACAGAAAAGCGUCCAAAUAUUCCGCAGCUAAUAUCAAAACUCGCAUGAACUCCUCAACACUGGCGACGCCCAAACUGGAAACGAUUUUCGAGGAACCGGAAUGUGGUGGCGUAAAACGAAAGGAGGAUCGUAGAUUUGUACUCGAUGCUACUAAAAGGAGUCUUCCCUCUCUUGCUUGGGUUGUUUCUAAAGAAUGGGAAGCAGGCUUACCAAAACCAAUAGAACUAGCAGAGAUGCAAGAGUUGAUCCGGAAACUUUACCGUAUGAAUGACUUUGACAAGAUCGAUAGUUCUUUCAUGCUCAAUUAUAAAUCACUGAACAGCUACGUCAAUGUAUCUAUCAUUCAGAAGCACUUCUGUGUGAUCCAUGAGCUGCUUCCAAAAGAAAAACAUCGUUUCCCGAGAAUGUGGGGAUACACAGUGAUUGCUUCUAAGCAGUGGUCGCGGCGUCCAAUUCACCAUUCCGCUACUCAUUUUGACUUCGAUGGUCCGGUUUGCGCUCAAGCGGCUGAUGUGUUCGAACGUACGCAAUCGAGAACGUUAGUGGUGGCAGGUGCAAGCAGAUACGCUGUCAAAGGAGACUAUCCAUCGACAUGUCAACCACAAUUUCAAACUGCUGAUGCCUCUCACAAUAAUGUCACAAUGUUUCAUUGGGUGAGUGUGGUGCUGAAAGAUCUUGCUGAGGAGGAUAUGCAAACUCUGAGAAAAGAAGACGACCACUUCUUCAUUCAAUGGCACGGAAUGGCUGAAACAAGUUGUAUGGCUUCGGAUGUUUUCCUUUCCGCUGGAAUCCAAAACAGUUCGAUCUAUGAGAAGAAUAUUCCUGUCACUAAGCUGAUGAUGAGCUUCAAUCGAUUAGCAUCUCCUUCGGGAAUGACAGCUAACACACCUAGACAAGACUCUGAAUGUCGGCUCACAGCACGAACAAACGUUUUUGGACGGUACAUCAACAAUGUUCCACUGGAUAAAGUCUGCAGAACAUCACCUAAAGAAGAUGAUAUCUCCGGUCGAUUCGUGCAUGUGGAGCAAAAAGCAGCCAGCCGAGAAAGCAUCCCUCUAUGGUCGUCAGUGAUAAAGGAUGCAUUUCCAGUCGCGCAGGGGUACUUCUGUCUGUCAUCCACGUAUUCGCUUGUAUUCAAUCAAACGUACGUGCCCUCCGUCUCGUGUUGUUACGAAUUCUUCGAAUACAAAGAACGUCGAAAAUUUCAAUUCAUGGAAAUCGACAAAUGUAACGGGAACGUGCCUACAGAAGCUGACUAUGACACAUCGAACUUCCAUCAGAUCGUAGUGACGGAUCCCCACACUCGAUCGUCAUGCACUUUCACCAUUCCAAAGCGUUACAUAAAUCUAAAAUUUCUGAACGCUGGCGCUCAAGGCACUGUGGUAUCGGCGGAUGAUACCGUAUCUGGAACAAAGGUUGCCAUCAAGAAAAUGCAGCAACCUUUUGUAAUGACAAUGAGCGCUCGUAGAGCGUACAGGGAAUUCGUUCUUCUUACCACCAUAAAACAUCCAAAUAUAAUCCAGCUAUUGAGCGCCUUUACACCUCAGAAUGAGUUGAGCCGAUUCCGAGAAGUCUAUUUAGUGAUGGAGUUGAUGAGCCACAAUUUGCACGAGGUGAUUUGCAAACUUCGAUUGGACCACAAAACAUUGUCAUUUUUUGUGUAUCAAAUGUUAUGCGCCAUCAAACACCUCCACAAUUCAGGAGUAAUCCACAGAGAUCUAAAGCCAUCCAAUAUUGUUGUGAACGACAAAUGUAUUUUGAAAGUACUGGAUUUUGGUUUGGCGAGGAAGAAAACGGUUGAUUCUGCUAUGCGAAUGAGCGAUUACGUGGUUACACGAUAUUAUCGUGCUCCAGAAGUUAUACUAGGAUUACCGUAUUCAGAGAAAGUUGAUAUCUGGUCUGUUGGAUGCAUAUUUGCUGAAAUGAUCAAUCAUCGUGUUCUUUUCCCUGGAUUAGACAGAGUCGAUCAAUGGACGAAAAUCAUUAACGUGAUGGGCACACCAAGCGAGGAUUUCAUUUCAAAACUUGGCAGCAGUGCAACAGUUUAUGUACGUUCACUUCCUCAUCAGGCCGGGAUACCAAUUGAAGAAAUAGCACCUGACACGAAUUUUUUGAAGGACACCGAAAACUCUCGAGCUAAUCUGACAGCGGAAUGGGGUCGAGAUUUAUUGUCAAAGAUGUUGGUGAUCAAUCCAGAUAAUCGGUUCUCCGUCGAAGAGUCACUUAAUCAUCCUUAUGUGAAAGUUUGGUACAGGGAAGAAGAAGUGAAUGCCCCACAAUCUGAGAACCGAUACAAAGAAGAAAUUGACUACGCAGAUAAACCGUUGAGCGAAUGGAAAGAAUUAAUCUUUGAUGAAGUCAAACAAUAUGAAAGGCAGCACAAUAUUUUUGAAUCCUGA